AUGGCGCUCCCUGGUGGCGACGAGGGACAGGAGGACCUGCGAGACUGCUGGGAAGAGCUGCGUGAACUGAUGGGGAACCUCUAUAACUGGAAGAAUCCGAGUCCAUCCUUCUUGGACAGACCCCCAAAACUCAUUGACCUGCCCGUCAAUUUGGCUAAAAUUGAGACAGUUAGGCAAGGCCCCGAGGAGAGCCCUGCAGCUUUUCUGGAACCCCUCCAAGAGGCCUUCUGCCUCUAUACCCCUAUGGACCCUCAGGCAGAGACAAGUGGCGCAGCUGUCCUCCUGGCUUUCGUUAACCCAGCAGCCCCAGAUAUUAAGCGCAAGAUCCAAAGGGCGGCGGCCCCCCCGGACGCUUCGGCCGAGCAGGGCCCCCCCGCGGAGGCCCCCCCGGGGAAGGAGGAGGCCCCCGAGGGGCCGAGCGCGGCCGAGGCCGAGGCGCAGGCGCACGUCUACGCGCCGCACACGGACUACAGCGUCUACCGCGUGCGCUCCAGGUAUAGCUCGGACUGGGCCGAGCCGGGCCCGGAGGAGCCCGACGAGCAGGACGACAGCGACGAGCCGCAGGACUACCAGCCCAGCCGGGACUACGUGGAGAUCGGCGGCCUGCCCGAGGAGGACGAAGUCCCGGCCAGCCGCAAGAUCCAGUUCAGCCGGGCGCCCAUCAAGGUUUUCCACACGUAUUCCAACGAAGAUUACGACCGGAGAAACGACGACGUGGACCCUGUGGCGGCGUCCGCCGAGUAUGAGCUCGAGAAGCGCGUGGAGAAGCUGGACCUUUUCCCAGUGGAGCUAGAUAAAGACGAGGACGGCCUCGGCAUCAGCAUCAUCGGCAUGGGCGUGGGGGCAGACGCCGGCCUGGAGAAGCUGGGCAUCUUUGUGAAGACGGUGACCGAUGGCGGAGCCGCCCAACUAGAUGGCCGGAUCCAAGUCAACGACCAGAUCGUCGAGGUGGACGGCAUCAGCCUGGUGGGCGUCACUCAGAACUUUGCUGCCACUGUCCUCCGGAACACCAAGGGCACGGUCAGGUUCGUGAUUGGGCGAGAAAAGCCAGGCCAAGUGAGCGAGGUGGCCCAGCUAAUCAGCCAGACCCUGGAGCAAGAGAGACGCCAGCGGGAGCUCCUGGAGCAGCAUUAUGGCCAGUAUGACGCAGAUGACGACGAGACAGGGGAAUACGCCACCGACGAGGAGGACGAGGACGCGGGGCCGACCCUCCCCAGCAGGGACCUGGCCAUCGAGGUGUUCGAGCUGCCGGAGAACGAGGACGUGUUCUCCCCGUCCGAGCUGGACACGGGCAAGCUCAGCCACAAAUUCAAGGAACUCCAGAUCAAGCACGCGGUCACCGAAGCGGAAAUCCAGAAGCUGAAGAACAAGCUCCAGGCCGCGGAGAACGAGAAGGUGAGGUGGGAGCUCGAGAAGAGCCGCCUGCAGCAGAACAUCGACGAGAACAAGGAGCGGGUGCUGAAGCUCGAGAGCUACUGGAUCGAGGCGCAGAGCCUGUGCCACACGGUGAACGAGCACCUCAAGGAGACCCAGAACCAGUACCAGGCCCUGGAGAAGAAGUACAACAAGGCCAAGAAGCUCAUCAAGGACUUCCAGCAGAAAGAGCUCGACUUCAUCAAGAGGCAGGAAGCCGAGAGGAAGAAGAUCGAGGAGCUCGAGAAGCUCCAUCUGGUGGAGGUCCAGGGCCUCCAGGCCCGGAUCCAGGAGCUCGAGGCCGAGGUGUUCAGGCUGAUGAAGCAGAACGGGAGCCAAGUGAACAACAACAACAACAUCUUUGAGCGCAGCACGGGCCUGGGGGGCGACGGCCCCAAGGGGGAGGCCGUGGAGAACGCCGACACCCAGCACGUGUCCGCUCAAGACCUGAACGAAGCUGUCCCAGAGACGGAGCGACUGGAUUCCAAAGCCCAGAAGACCCGAGCCCAGCUCUCUGUGAAGAACAAGCGGCAGAGGCCCUGCCGGGGCAGACUCUACGAUAGCGUCAGCUCCACGGACGGGGAGGACAGCGUGGAACGGAAGACUGGCGCCUUCAGGCGGCCACAGGCCGCAGCCACCGACCUGCCAAAGGAAGCCCCAUGGCCGCCUGCGGGGGCACCAGCCACCUUCCCGCUGUUUCGGGGGAAGCACUUCCCUCCGCUCUCCUUCAAAGCCCGCUCCUGCCCCAGGAAAAGGGUCCAGCCCGAGCCUCCCGGAGUGCUGCCGCCCGCUCGGCCGACGCGCGCUCCCUUCUCAUGGUUUAGUGCCCGCAGAAAAGGACCGCCAGCUCCUGCCACUGCCCCGGAGCCUGCCCCCGGGCCUCGGAGCCCAGAUCCGAAGGGGGCCCAGGUAGAGAGCGGCAGCCUCGAGCCACCCGCGCUGCAUGGAGCUCUCACCGCACUGGGGACCCGCCGCAGCGACCACUCAGAGCCCCGAAGCGCUUGCAGGGGGCGCCGCGCCGCGCCCGGGGCUCCUAGGCCGGCAGGGGGCGACAAAGCCCCGGAGCGGCCGGUCCGUCCCGGCGCGGGACGCUGA